AUCCUUCACUCUCUACACAAAAUCUCUUUCUCUCUCUCUCUCUUUCUCUUCUUAUAAGAAAAGAGCAAAAAGCUUUCUUCGUUUUACUAUUUCCAUGAUUCUGAAUUCCACAAAGAAAGAGAAAGAGAGAGAGACAGAGAGUGAGCAAAUAAAAAAGGUUUUUAAGUAAAAUUUGUCUCCAUGGCUGCUCAUGAGAAGAAGAAGAAGCUCUUAUUACAUGAGCUGCUUCAAGAUGACCAAGAGCCUUUUCAUCUCAACCAUUACAUCGCCGAGCUUCGAUCUCAGAUGGGUCACUCCGAUUUGCGUCUCAAGAAGCGAAAGUCCGAAAACGCAGCCGUUUUACCUCAUGGUUUCUUCUCCUGCGAGAGUUCUUGUUUCUUCGCGACUCAUAAUUCACCCGACCCGAGAAAAUCUCCUCUCUUUGAACUCCGUUCUCCGGCGAAGAAGAAGACCCGUGACGGUCGAGUUCUCCUCCAUAUUCCGGCGAGAACCGCCGCAAUUCUGAUGGAAGCUGCGGCGAGGAUUCAGAAGCAGCAGUCGGAGAAAGCGAACAAGAAAGCUCGGAACAGAGGAAACGCGUUCGGGAUGUUCGGGUCCGUUUUGAAGCGGUUGACAAGCCGUAGAGCGAAAACGCGUCUGGAUAACGCUGAUGGAAACGCGAUUUCGUCGGAACGCGGGUCAGAACCGACGAGUAGCAGUAGCCGCCGGCGAGAGCGUUUCGUGGAGAUUGGCGAUAAGUGUUUUUGUGAGAGCCCUUUUCAUUUCGUCCUCCACACAACUCCUUCCUCUUCCGGUCACCGGACUCCUCACUUCACUUCGGCGGCUACUUCUCCGGCGCGACGCAGUACAGAGGACGAAGAUAGCGAUGAGACAGAGAGCUCAGAGAAAGUGAGAGGACAAGAAGAAGAAGAUAAAGAAGAGGAAGACAAGGAACAAUGUAGCCCUGUCUCUGUACUUGACCCUCUUGAGGAGGAGGAGGAGGAAGACGAGGACCACCACCAGCGAGAGCCUGACCAUCUCAAUCUCCUCUCUUGCAGCUUUGAAGUUGUACAACGCGCGAAAAGGAGGCUACUCAAGAAGCUUCGUAGAUUCGAGAAGCUAGCGGGGCUGGAUCCAGUAGACCUGGACGGAAAGAUGUCAGAAGAAGAAGAAGAGGAAGAGUAUGAGGAUAGCGAGGAAGACGAUAACAUAAGGGUUUAUGAUUCGGAUGAAGAAUAUGAGGACGUAGACGAAGCGAUGGCACGAGAGGGUGGAUGCGUGGAAGAGGAGAGGAGGAAGAAGAAUGAUGAGAGGCAGAAGAAGUGGAGGAUGAUGAAAGCGUGGAGGGUAGGAAUGGGUGCAGAGGAGGACGUAGACGCGGUGGUGAGGAAAGAUAUGAGAGGAGAGGCAGGAGAAUGGAUAAGACACGGUGGAGAAGUGGAGGAGACCGUGUCUGAUCUCGAGCUCUCUAUCUUCGUCUUCUUGAUUGAUGAAUUUUCCCACGAACUUGUCUCUUCUCCUCCAUGAAAAAAAAAUGAAUUUUAUCAGACACAGGAAAAUUAGUAGAUUUCUAGAAAGAUUAUUACCUCUAUGAAAUGAAGUAGGUUUAACGUUAUGGAGAAUAAUUUGGUUUAUCAAGUCAAAGAUAUCUAGAAAUCUACUAAAUAUUUGUUUCUAGGUUAAAAUAUAUUAGAUAGGUGUGUUUCUAGUUUCCCUUGUGUGUAGUGAAUUAGUACUACCACAGUCCAACAAUGCAUUUGUGAUUUAUAUAG